GUGUAACAAUAAAAGUGUUUAUUUUUAAAAAUUUAAAAUAAUAUUCAUCGAAACACGAACAAUGGAGGUGACGUCGUCAAAUAUAAAUUUUGUGUAUAACGAUACACAAUCAACAUUUUUUACCGCCAAUCAAACAUAUACAGAUGAAAAUCAUGGAGUAUUAGUGGCAAAAAUAAUCGCAAUGACUGUACUAGGUUUAAGUUCAUUUACUGUAGGAAUAUUCCCCGUAAGACUUGAAAAAUAUUUCGAUUUAUCGCAUACACGUAAUCCGCAUAAAAAUAAUUUAUUGAUCUCGUUAAUGUUAUGUUUUGGUGGGGGUGUCUUAUUGUUUACAACUUUCUUACAUUUACAACCGGAGGUACGGGAAAGUUUUGCGAAAUUAGAAAAACAACAAAAAAUUCCAACAUUCGGUACUGGAAUUCCAAUAGCGGAACUUGUAUUUUGUACUGGAUUCUUUUUUGUGUAUUUAAUAGAGGAGGUUGUUCAUAUGUGUUUGGAAAAACGAUGCAGCAACGAAAAUGACGAAGUGUUACAGCGAAGUAUUUCUCUUCGACGCUGUUCGAAAGCAAAUAACAACGAACCACAAAUAAUUGUUCAACAUUCCAGACCAUCAUUGGUCACACUCAAUAGACCGGAUGAAUUUACGACCGGAUUAAAUGGUGGUGGUAAUCUAAUGAAAUCCACAGAGAUUAUAAUGAGCGAAAAACAAUCGAAACAUGAGCAUACUCAUAUUAUCGAGGAUUCCAUGAAAAAUUCAUUUCAUGGAUUAUUAGCAGUUUUGGCAUUAUCAUUCCAUGCGAUCUUCGAAGGUUUGGCAGUUGGUUUGGAAACAAAUCGUACCAAAGUUUGGUACUUGUUUGCAGCAAUUGCUACACAUAAAUUAGUAAUCGCAUUUUGUGUUGGUGUUGAAUUAGUGACGUCCAAAACAAAGUUCACAUUGAUGGUACUUUAUUUGGGAACGUUUGCAAUAGUGACACCAAUUGGAAUUGGUAUUGGGAUUGCGUUAAGUGAAACAAGUGAAGCACGCGAUGAAGUUGUUGUGGCAACUGUGUUACAAGGCAUGGCUGCUGGAACCUUGUUGUAUGUGGUAUUCUUUGAAGUUUUGGCUCGCGAACGGAGCAACGAUCAUGAAGGGAUAUGGCAAUUAAUGGCUAUCAUUUUAGGAUUUACCGUUAUGUUCUUACUUCAAUUCAUGACCGGACAUGAACACAGUCAUAGUCAUGGAGAUGCUGAUCAUAUUAUCAACGCAACAAAUUUAACAUCAUCAGAACACAUGGCGCAUCCGCAUCAAUGAAAAUGUUCUUGACGGAGAAUAUCAAAAAAAUACCCUUAAAAUUUAUGGUUCUUUUUUUUUAAAGAUAUAACAACAUUUUAUGACGCCAGUAUUCGAUACGAAAUAGUUAGAAUUUUAAAUAAUUAACUCGAAAAAAUGAAUAAUUAACUAAGCUUCUUUAAUUUCAACAAUAUCUGUAUACUUUGGUACUAUCUAAAAUUUGGAUAGGAUAUUAUACGUGACGUCAUUUAAAUGUUGUUUUUGUCUUUAUAAUAAAAAAAAAUCUUUGAUGCAAUAAUUUUUUUUGCAAAAGGAAACCUUACAAGACUGUGGUUAAUUACUAUCAACGUUUAAAACACAAAAAUUUUAUGCACUUAGUGCCAAUAAAAGAUAUUUUAGGUUAUACUUGGAAAAAAGGUAAUAUUAACUUGUUAAAAAUUUUUAAUAGGGUCUCUAACAAUAAAGGCAGAACAAAAAUUUUAAGUUUUUUAUACUAUAAUUGGAAGUUAUUUGUUCGUAAAUGUAAAUCGACAUCGUAAAACUUAUAACAAAAAAAUCGUAUCGUUUACGAUCCUUCAGUCAUUAAUCGAUAAAUUUCGUUCCUUCAUUAUGCUUGUUAUUCAAUAAUAUCUAAUUUAUAAUAAAAGGAACAUAGGUCCUAGCGGGUGUCCCACGACACAAAAAUGAAAUUUUGAAGAACGAGGUCAAACAAAGAGGUGAACCUUUAGAAAAAGAGAUCCUAUUCAAUUUAUAAAUGUAUAUAGGCCCCUUAUUUUCCAAAUAAUAGUUAUAUUGUUAUAAAUAUUAAUAAUCCGAGAACUAUGUGGUAGUAUUAUUAACAACGAAAAUUAAAACGUUUGUAGUUAUUUAAUUUUUUUUAAACUUUUUUUUUUUUCAAA